GCCGACUCUGAAAUUUUACCUUUAUAAAUAUUUUCUUUAACACCCUAUUCAUGUCACAAGUUUCUUGAUUUGAGAUUUACUUGAUUUUUUUGCAUGAAAAAUAGAGUGUACCCUUUUGGCCUAUAUUGUUGUUAAUUGAGUGAAUUUGGAGAUGGAGAUGGAGUUUUUUAAAGAAAGGUGGCCAUCAUAUUAUAGUGUUCUUGGUGUUAAUGUAAACUCUUCUGAUGAAGAAAUUAAACGUGCUUAUAGAAAGCUAGCUAUGCAAUGGCAUCCUGAUAAAUGGACGAGGACGCCAUCAUUAUUAGGUGAAGCUAAGAGGAAGUUUCAGCAAAUCCAAGAAGCCUAUUCAGUGUUGUCGGAUCAGAAGAAGAGAAUGAUGUAUGAUGCAGGAUUGUAUGACCCUGAGGAAGACGAGGAUGAGGGAUUUGCUGAUUUUCUACAAGAAAUGGUAUCUCUAAUGGAUAAUGCAAGGAAAGAGGAGAAAAAUUACAGUAUGGAGGAGCUACAGGGCAUGUUUUGGGAGAUGGCACAAGGAUUUGAGACUACUAAGUCUAACUUCUCUCAACAACAAGAUUUCGAGUCCUCGCGAUGGUUUUGCAGUCCUUCGGCUUAUAAUCACCCUAGAACUUCAGGGACAGCUCAGUUAGAUACAAAUUUUACAGACAGAAAUCCAUUCUUGGAUUUCUCAAACAUGGAGAUGCAUGCAGCUAAUCGUUUCUGUAGAUAAAGCGAUUUCACGAUAAUUUUCAGCAACGAGAAAUGCACGCGAAGAUUUUUGCUCUUAAUGUUUCUGCAUCUUAAGAUGUUGGUAGAAUCACUUGAGUGUAGCAAUGUGCAAAGGAGAUCUGAGAAUUUUGGCUCUGAAUGAAGCAUAUGUAGUUAGACGCGAUCAUAUCAGCACUAACACACAGAGGAUACUAUCACACAGGAUAGUAUGUAGUUGAAAUUUCAAGUAAAAGCAUAAGAUUAGGGGUGACAGUAGAAAUGUGACUUUGUAUUGUUGCAGACAAGAUACCAGAGUUAUUACUGACUGGUGUUGUUAGCUACAGGUUUCUGUGUGGUGAUGAGAUGUUUUUUCAAAUUUCUUCUGUACAGAAAUGGAAUGAGAUUCAAGAAUUGGGCAUGUUUUGUAGCUACUUGAGGUUGUUGAGAUGUACUAUUUGUAGUGUUAAUUUGAAUGAGACUUUGGCGAAACAUAUGCAUGCCAUAA